AUGGUUUCGCCAACAAAGCGUAAAUCGCUGCAUCAUACUGAUUCCAGGAAUAAGAGAUCGCGACCCUGGAAAUCCGAAAGGCCAACUCCGCCGAGACAGGACGACUGGCUACCGGUACAGAGGAAGACGCGGCCUAUACCUCUGGACCAGUAUCUAAAACGACGCCGAACACACACAGAGUCGCAAAAGAUACCGGCCCCACGGACUCCCUCUCCGACUCUACGGGCCCCAUCUCCGGAUCCACGGACUCCGUCUCCUGCUCCUCGGACUCCAUCUCCCGCUUCUAGGACUCCAUCUCCUGCUCCACGGACUCCGUCUCCCGCUCUCUUCAAAAAGCCCAACACACCGCGGACACCUUCGCCCGUUCCCAUCUGUAGAACCCCAAAGCGUAAAAGACCUCUCACGCCGCGAGUCACACUAUCGCCAUCAGACUACGUGGAGAAUGUUCCACCAAAAACCUUCCGUAGUCUGAUGACGCAGACCGUACCAACACUCUGCGACUUUGGUACCCAAACGGAUCCUGUCCCUCUGCCGAAGUUUUCAACUUCCGUCCCGCUAGUCAGUAAGCGCGACGCCUUUACGCAAACUAAGAAGCGCGGUGGCCAGGCUCGAAAUAGCCAAUAUUUUCCGUAUACUCCUCGACGGAUAUAA